CAUCCAAACCCAACAACACCUCCAUUAUUAUUUUACUUGUAUUUUGCACCACCAUCAAAGCCAAGCACCUCCCGCCUCCUCAGUCCUCACAGGCUACCAUGGCCGGUGACAAGAAUCUCCAUAUAGUAAUGUUCCCAUGGCUAGCUUUCGGCCAUAUGAUUCCUUAUCUUGAACUUUCCAAACUUAUUGCUCAAAAGGGUCACCGAGUCUCCUUCGUUUCCACUCCCAAAAACAUCGACCGUCUCCCCACACAACUCCCUCCUCAUUUAUCUCCUUUUCUCAGCUUCGUCAAAAUUCCUCUGCCUCAACUCCAUAAUCUGCCUCCCGACGCAGAGGCCACAUCCGAUCUCCCUUACGACAAAGUUCAGUUUCUCAAAGAAGCCUUCGACGCCCUCAAACAACCCCUCUCUGACUUUCUUCGAACUUCCGAUGCAGAUUGGAUCGUGUACGACUUUGUUCCCUAUUGGAUUGGUCAAGAGGUCGGACCCAAUCUCCGGAUUAAGACCGCUUUUUUCAGUAUCUUCAUUCUCCAAUCUCUCGCAUUCGUCGGUCCUAUGUUAGGGGACCGUCGCAUGAAACUGGAGGAUUUUACGGUUCCUCCCGACUGGAUCCCUUUCCCCACUACCGUAGCAUUUCGUCACUUCGAAAUUAAGAAGCUUUUCGACUUUGUAGCUGGUAAUACCACCGGAGUUUCCGAUAUAGAUCGCUUUAAAAUGAGUGCUCACUACAGCGAUUUAGUGGUUGUGAGAGCCUUCCCUGAAUACGAACCGGAGUGGAUUCAACUGCUUGAAGAUAUACACGAUAAAACCGUUAUCCCAGUUGGUCAACUACCCACGUCGGAGCACGAUUCGAAGGAAGACAAUCGAUCGUGGCAGUCCAUUAAAGAAUGGCUGGACAAACAAGCUAAAGGUUCUGUGGUCUACGUGGCAUUCGGGAGUGAGGCCAAGCCUAGUCAACACGAACUAACAGAGAUUGCUUUAGGUUUGGAAAAAUCGAGGUUUCCGUUUUUUUGGGUUCUAAGGACACGGCUCGGACUAUCUGAUCCGGACCCGAAUGAGUUACCCGAAGGAUUUGAGGAACGAACUAAAGGGCAGGGUGUUGUGUGCACCACUUGGGCGCCGCAAUUGAAAAUAUUGGGGCAUGAGUCAGUUGGUGGGUUUUUGACACACUCUGGUUGGAGCUCUGUUGUGGAAGCGAUUCAGAGUGAAAGAGCUUUGGUGUUACUAUCUUUCUUGGCGGACCAAGGAAUCAUUGCGAGAGUGUUGGAAGAGAAGAAGAUGGGUUACUGCGUUCCAAGGAGCCAAUUGGAUGGUUCGUUUACAAGGGACUCAGUGGCCGAAUCAUUGAAGUUGGUAAUGGUGGAGGAAGAAGGUAAGAUUUAUAGGGAGAGAAUAAGAGAGAUGAAGGAUUUGUUUGUGAACAAAGAAAGAGAUGAGAAGUUAAUGGAUGGGUUUUUGAGCUAUCUAAAAAAGCAUAGAAAUGUUGAUGAUGAGGAUCAUUAAUUAUGAUAUUCUGAACGUUAAACUGUGUAAGACAAUCAGUCUUCUUGAUUCUUCCACUGGUCGGGUUCAUGAACAAUGUUAAGGUGCAUCUAGGUAACUGGGUUCUUGAUCAUUGCUCUUUCAUUUAAACUUGUUUAAAGUUUGAUACAACAAUAAAAGAUGCACCAUUCGUUAAC